AUGUCAGUCAUCACCGAACCAGCUUCAAGGGGAAAUUUCCCCAAGGCAACUGAAGGUGCCACCGACGCAGUGGCUUCGGACACAACAAUAUGGAGCACUGAAAAGCCCAAGCCCACGUCGAUUGAAGUGGCCAGGGAAAUAAUCAACUCGACUCUCGGCUCGCUUGAUCCAGCCCUGCGCCAAGUCAACAUCGACCUGCACUCGAACCCCGAAACCGCUUACGAAGAGGUCUUUGCCCAUAAAGUCCUGACCAGCUUCCUUGAGGGCCGCGGUGUUGCCGUUCAACGCCACGCCUGGGGUCUGGACACGGCAUUCGAGGCUACGGUCGGCAGCGGAGGUCGCCAAGUCGUCUUCUGCGCUGAAUAUGAUGCGCUCCCCGACAUUGGCCACGGGUGCGGCCACAACUUGAUCGCUACAUCCUCAGUAGCUGCCUUCGUCGGCGCUGCUCAGGUAUUGAGCGAGCUGAAGAUCCCUGGGCGGCUUCGCAUCCUUGGGACUCCCGCGGAGGAGGGAGGUGGCGGCAAGAUAAAGCUUAUCGAGGCCGGUGCUUUUAACCCUCCCCGAGAUGUGUGCGCGGCCAUCAUGUCCCAUCCGACGGCUUCGGGAGCGAGGAGAAAUGAUGGCCAGCGGUAUGACGGACUUGCCGGUACGAGGCUGAUCUCGAGCUACAAAAUGCGCGUGGAAUUCAGGGGCAGCACUUCUCAUGCUGCCGCGGAACCAUGGAAGGGAAUCAACGCGUUAGAUGCCGCCGUUGCCGCUUAUGUCAACGUGUCCGUGUUGCGCCAGCAGAUUCAACCCGACGAGCGCAUUCACGGAGUCUUCGAAGUUGGCGGCACGGUGCCUAACGUCAUUCCGGACUACACCAGCAUGAAAUGGAACGUACGCAGCCCAACCAUCUCGAGUUGUGAGGCUCUUGUUGCCCGCGUCAAGGCGUGCCUCGAAGCCGGUGCUGCGGCAGCUGGCUGCGAGAUCAGCUACGACGUAGCGCCAACCUAUCAAGAUCUUCGCGUAAACUCAUCCCUCUGCAAGGCUUAUGUUCAAGAUAUGGCUAAACUAGGAUUACGAAUUGAACAAGAAGUUCAGGUUCCGCUGGAAGCGUCGAGUGACAUGGGUAAUGUGUCGCAUAUGGUGCCGAGUUUUCACGGCGCAUUCGCGAUUCCUACGUCGCCAAAUGUUUCUCUCCAUAGUCGAAACUUUGCUGCCUGUGCCGGAACGAACGAAGCUCAUGAGGCCGCUAUGAAUUGUGCUAGGGGUAUGGCGAUUCUGGCUAUACGGUUACUCACCGAUGAUGCUCUUGCAGAAGAUGUCCGGAGGGACUUUGAGAUGCCCGAUCCAUUACCAUAG